AAAGAUGGUGCUAAAAGAAAUGUUAAUGACUAUAACAACCUAAAAACUAAUGGAGUUUGUGAUAACAAAAGAAAUAGUCAUACAGACAAAAGCAAUUUCUACAACGAAGAACUCAACAAAAAUAACAUUGAAAGAAAAGACAAUAUCAACAAUUUCAACGACUACAAGAUUGAAAGCAAUCUUAAUAGCAAUUCCAACAACAUUAACAACAAUAUUAAUUCUAAGGGCAAUGGAAAGGGAUCUAACGAUCGUAAUAGUGUUUACGAUAUUGGGAAUGUCAUUUGCAAUAAUGAUAGUGUUAAAAGAGGUAACAAUUAUAAUGACGAGAACACUCAUGAUAGUUUUAAGAGAGGUGACAAUGAUGACAACAAUCUCAACCUUUUUGGAAAUGCCUACCCAAUGAAUGAUGGUACUAAAACAAAGGUUAAUGACUAUAAAAGCCUAAAAAGGAAUGGUGUUUAUGGCAACAAAAGUAAUACUCACACUGAUAAAAGCAAUUCCUACAAUGAUGAUCUCAACAAUAAUAGCACUGAAAGAAAAGACAAUAGAAACAAUUUUGACGACUACAAGAUCGAAAGCAAUCCCAAUAGUAAUUCCAAGAACAUGAACAACAAUGUUAAUUCUAAGGGAAAUAGAGAGGGAUACAACAAUUGUAAUAACGUUUAUGACAAUGGGAAUGUCAUUUGCAAUAAUGAUGGUGUUCAGAAAGGUAGUAAUUAUAAUGACAGGGAUAAUUAUGCUAGUUCAAUGAAAGGUGACAACAAUGACAACAACUAUGGCAACGCCAUCGUCAAGAAUGAUGGUGCUAAAGGAAAUGUUAGUGACUAUAACAACCUAAAAAAUAAUGGUGUUUGUAGCAGCAAAAGUAAUAGUCACACUAAAAGUAAUUCCUUCAUGGUUGAAUUCAAUAAUAAUAAUACUGAAAAAUAUGACAAUUGCAAAAAUUUCAGUCACUACAAGAUUCAUAGCAAUCUCAAUAACAAUUCAAACAACAACAACAACAAAAAAGUUAAUUCUAAGGGCAACGGAAAGGAAAACACCAACAACAAUAGUGUUUAUGAGAAUGAGAAUGUCAUUGGCAAUAAUGAUGAUGCUAAAAGAG